AUGGCUCCUCCAAUAUUGAGGAAACUCACGGUGGUGCAAUACUCGCGAUUGGCGGAAAUCGAGUUGACGAGUACUCGAUUAAGAGAGAAGGAGCGCAGCUCGUUUAAUCGGAAUAUCAUAGCUUCGCGAAUUGAGUCUCUUCAAGAAAUUUGGAGGGAUGUGCGUAGUGCGCAUGCCGAAAUUUCAAUUCGUGACGAUGCUGGGGUUGACGCGUAUAUGACGGAUAACGUGAUUCAGCGAUUACAAACGGCGUACGAGGAUACGCUUGAUUUCCUGCUAACAGUUCAAGCGGAACUACAGGCUGCGGAUCAGUCUACUUUACCGACUGGACCACCGAUAGCCAGUUCUUCAAUAACACCCGAGCCUCGUACAGCUAAGCUUCCGAAGUUAGAAUUACCUACGUUUUCCGGCGAAUACGAGGAUUGGGAAAACUUUUGUGACUUAUUUACCACGCUGGUUCACGAUGCACCCGGUCUUGCUGACGCGUCUAAGUUGCAAUACUUGAAAAAUUGUUUAAAGGGUACUGCGGCGGAGUUAGUCAAGGAUGUCACGACUACAAAUGCGAAUUAUACGACGACGUGGCAGGCUCUUAAGGCGCGUUUUCAUAAUCCGCGAUUGGUUGUGAAUAACCAUUUAAAGAGGCUCAUGGAUAUGCCAUAUUUAAAGAAAGAGUCCGCGAUAGAGUUACGUUCGUUUGCUGACGAAGCUCAGCGCAUAGUUCGGGCGUUAACGAAUUUACAAAUGCCAGUGAGUCAUUGGGAUGUAUGGUUCGUUUAUUUAUUGGCGGCUCGUUUGGACCCCGAAUCCCAAAAGGCGUGGGAGACGGAAUUGAGUGAGAGGGAUCGUCGCGUCGUAUUAGACAAUGUUGCGGAGUUAGACAAUUUAAAUCCACUUGAAAGAUUUCCGAAAUUCGUGGACUUAUCCGAAUUUUUGGAAAAGCGCGUUCAAGCGCUCAGCAUGAUUGCCUCAAAUGCUCCCAAAGCAGAGAAGAAGCCUUCUGCUUUACCUAGAUCGGUACCGGGUUCGCGAAAGGUAUUUCACGCUGGUUUUUCCCAACAUUCUGGUGAUGGGAGACCGAAGUGUCCCAUUUGCUCCGGUGCGCAUUUAUUGCCUAAGUGCUAUAAAUUUCAGGCCAAGAACCCCUUUGACCGCCGAAGAGAGGUACGUCGGUUACAUCUUUGCUUUAACUGUUUCGGUCGGCAUAGGGUAUCUGAUUGCGCUUCCCCGUUUCGUUGCGCGCAGUGCAAGGAAAAACACCACUCCCUGAUUCAUUUCGAUCAGGCCAGUGGUUUGCAUUCAAAGGAGAAAGGUUCGGUUGAGCCACAUAGUGCACGCGAAGGUAAGCCCUCAACGUCUUCGGGGGUUAAUGUGCACACUGCUCGCACUCUUUCGCGUAAAUGCACAGUCUUGCUUGCAACGGCUCAAUUGACGUUGGUGGGACCGCACGGGGCGCGGACUCGUGUGCGGGCCUUGUUAGAUCAAGGAUCCCAGAGCUCUUUUGUGUCUGAGGCGGUCGCUAACUUGCUAGGUUUAGAGAAGCGCCGUAUUGACGUUCCUUUGUUGGGUCUCGGUGCGAGGUCUGCAGGCACUGCUCGUAUGACUACGAGUUUCGAAGUGCAUUCCUUGGUUGACCCGUCGUUUCAAAUUGAGGUGGAAGCUCUGAUUCUUCCGAAGCUCACGUCGCAGCUUCCCGCUAGAUGUGCUAUGGCUUUGGAUAUCGAAAUGUUCGCGGGAUUAUCAUUGGCUGACCCGCAAUUUUAUGUGCCGGGAUCAGUUGAUAUUAUUUUUGGCGCGGAUAUCUACGGGCAACUAUUGCGAUCGGGGUUGCGAAGUUUUCCUUCUUCGUCUCUGGUUGCACAAAAGACAGUCCUCGGCUGGAUUGUCUCCGGCCCUGUGCAUUCGGACGGUUCACGGCGGGCGGUCGAUCAUAAAUCAAUGCCGCUUCGAAUACUACACAGUGCUGCAGAGCAGGACUUAGACCAGUCGUUACAACGGUUUUGGGCCUUGGAGGAGUUACCCACGGUCACUUCAACGUUAAAGCCAUUAGAUGAAGCAUGUGAAAAGCUAUUUAGGGAAUCGCAUGUUCGCAAUUCUGACGGUCGAUUCGUUGUGCAUCUCCCUUUAAAGUCUGAGCCUCCUGCUGCCGGUCCGGAAACAAAACGUAUGGCCAUGGGCUCACUUGCCCAUAUGUAUCGUCGGUUUGCUCGCGAUCCGAAAUUAGCUUUGGCAUAUCGCGAAUUUAUGACGGUCUACGAAAAUUUGGGACAUAUGGAGCGAGUUCCCGCGUCGGAACUUGAUAAUUCGCGUGCAUGGUAUUUACCUCAUCACGCGGUUGUACAAUCUACACCGUUGAUAUGGAAGAUUCGGGUGGUUUUUGAUGCGUCGCGAAAGACCCGCGAUGGGCACUGUUUGAAUGAUUUUCUCUUGGCGGGACCUGCUCUUCAGCGCGAUCUUUCGUUGAUUUUACUAAAUUGGCGUCGGUACCGUUUCGUGUUUACCGCGGACGUGGUCAAGAUGUUUAGGCAAAUUUGCGUUGCGCGUAAUGAUCAGGAUUUGCAGCGAAUAGUAUGGGCUCCUAGUUCUUCGGAGAUGCCGGUGGUAUAUCGUUUGACCACCGUCACGUAUGGGACGGCGUGUGCUCCCUAUCUUGCGAUACGUACGCUCCUGCAGUUAGCGGAGGAUGAGAAAUCGCGUUUUCCACUCGGAGCUCAAUGCUUGGAAUUCAAUACGUACGUGGACGACACGUUUUCGGGUGCGGACGAACUCUCAAUCGCGUUGCGUACUAGACAGGAGCUCAUUGAACUUCUGAAGUCGGCGGGCGUCGAGCUUGAUAAGUGGGCCGCGAAUCAUUCUGAUUUGUUACCUCCUAACGCGCAACAACCCGGGAAGGAGGAAUCGAAAUCGAUAAAUCUAGAUGAGUCGGUUAAAACGCUGGGGGUUCAGUGGAAUCCACAUCACGAUGAGUUUCGUUUCACCACGUCAGGUUUUAAAGAUUUGUCCAGAGAGGUGACCAAACGGGACGUCCUUUCAAAUAUUGCGCGCUUGUUUGAUCCGCUGGGGUGGUUGGCUCCGGUCACGAUAAGCGCCAAAAUCUUAAUGCAGGAUCUUUGGAUUCUGAAGGUCGGCUGGGAUUCCGUUUUACCGGUGGAAGUACAGGAUAGAUGGAGUGAAUAUUGUAAUUCACUUUCGGCCAUGCCUGCAUUGUCAAUUAAUCGAUGGUUGGGAGCCUCUUGCGAUUCGGGUUCGCAAAUUCACGGGUUUUCCGACGCUUCAUCCCGCGCUUAUGCGGCGGCGGUUUAUAUUCGAAUUAACGAAGCAGAUGAUCGUUUCCGUGUCGUACUUUUAGCUGCCAAAAGUAAGGUUGCUCCGAUAAAGACCGUGAGCAUUCCAAAUCUCGAACUGUGUGGAGCGAUGUUGCUUGUUAAGCUUCUUCGUCACGUGCGGAAGCUUGAUUUUUUGCAGAGUAUACCAGUAUUUGCAUGGUCAGACAGUCAGAUUGUUCUGAUGUGGCUUCGGAAACACCCAUGCCACUGGAAGACUUUCGUGGCAAACCGGGUGUCCUUUAUCCAGACAGAGAUGCCGGGUGCUAAAUGGGCACAUGUGCCUACUGGAGAAAAUCCUGCGGAUUUGGCUACGCGUGGAUGUAGGCCUGCAGACUUGGUUGAGGCACGUCUGUGGUGGCAUGGGCCUGAUUGGCUUGCGAUGCACGAGGAGCAUUGGCCCAAGGUGGCACUGGCUCCGCAGGUUUUGCUUGUGAAGGCGACUCCGAGUGAUCCGGAGAUUUUGACUAAAUUUUCCUCAUUGACUCGGCUAAUUCGCGUGGUGGCUUAUUGUCUGCGCCCAUUAGUUGGCUUGCGAAGGCGCAAGGGUAACCUUCCUGCAUUGCCGGAAUUUUUGACUGCGUCAGAGUUGUCUGGCGCUCGGAUUGCUUUGAUUAGGUUAGCACAGACGCAUGCUUUUGACGCAGAGAUUAAGUUACUGCAGAUGGGAAAGAGUUUGGCAAAGCGUAACCCGCUACUUAGUUUGGAUCCGUUUUUAGACAAGUCGGACGGUAUUUUGCGUGUUGGAGGCCGUCUUGGGAAUUCGGUGCUGUCACAUGAUCGUAAGCAUCCGCCUAUCUUGCCACGUCGUUCGCCGCUUAGUCGGUUAUUUGUGCGAUAUGCACAUCGUGCUUGUCUUCAUGGUGGACCUACGCUCACUUUGUGUACCGUGAUGCAGCAUGCGUGGAUUCUAGGCAGGAAUCGUCUAGUGAAAACUGAAAUUCGUCACUGCGUCGUCUGUCAGCGAGUGAAACCCCGGUUAGCAUGGCAAAUGAUGGGUAGUCUUCCGGCCACGCGGGUAACGCCGGCUCGGCCGUUUCUAUCUGCAGGGUUAGAUUAUGCCGGUCCGUUUCAGGUACGUACGGCGAAAGGUCGUGGGUACAAGUGUUAUAAAGGGUAUAUUGCGCUCUUUGUUUGCUUUACAACUCGGGCAAUCCAUCUUGAGGUCGUAAGUGAUCUCACGACCCGAAUGUUCCUUGCCGCGUAUCGGCGUUUUGUGGGGCGUCGUGGAGUCUGUCAAAAUCUGUUUAGUGAUAACGCUACCACGUUUCAGGCCGCGGAUAAGGAGUUGCGCGCUAUGUUCUCAGCUGCUUCUACCUUUUAUAAGUGUGUUGCAGCUACUCUUGCCAAUGACGGAACUUCUUGGAAAUUUAUUCCUCCGAAUUCACCCCACUAUGGCGGUUUAUGGGAAGCGGGUGUCAAGUCGGUGAAGCAUCAUUUGAAGCGAGUGAUCGGUGAUCGACCUCUGACCUUUGAGGAGUUUUCGACCGUUCUGGUAGAAAUUGAAGCGUGUUUAAACUCGCGUCCGCUUUAUCCGCUUAGUAAUGAUGUGGAGGAUUUGCAAGUUUUAACACCUGCACAUUUUCUCGGCAUUGCCUCUGGGUUAAUUCCAGAGGACGCUCCCCCUGAUGUGUCUGAGAAUCGUUUGGAACGAUUUCAGUUACUUCAGGUGAUUAGAAAUAACUUUUGGAAGCGAUGGUCCCAGGAAUACCUGCAAUAUUUGCAGGAGCGUGCGAAAUGGCGAGGGCCAGCCGAGAAUUUUGCGGUCGGUCAGUUAGUACUUGUGCGCGAUGAUCGGUAUCCGCCUUCAAAAUGGCCUCUUGGUCGCGUGACUGAAGUCCACCUCGGUCCGGAUGGAUUAGUAAGAGUGGUCACCGUUCGAACGGCCACGUCUAGUUUAAGGCGGCAUGUUGCUCGGUUAUGUCCGCUAUUGCUAGAGCAGAAUCCAUCUACGGCUGGCGCGGAUGGUACGGCUGCCUAG